GUUGUUCUAACUAGACUUAGACGAGAGCUUGAGAACCUCUUUCUUGUGUGUGAGAUUUCAGCAAGUGCUGAGCACAUGACACAGCAAUAACAGGUUUAUCAUACGUUUAUUAGUCACAUAUCGUCCGUCAGCUCGGUUGUACAUAAAUAUAUUCUCUGUGCCGACCUUAUCUGAUAUCAGCAAAAUAAUAUUAUGAGUUCGUGGCAUCGACCUUCAGGGAUCGAGUGGCCCCGUGUUUGGAUUCGCUUUCAGGCCCGCGAUGUGGACAGCGAUCGGAUGGUCGAAUACCGGGUGCAGGAUCUACCGGAGGACCGAGUUCGGGAUGCGAUCGAUCAUAUGAAGACGCACUUUCUGCGAGACGAACCGAUGUGUGGCAGUGUGGGGUUGUACAAAGAUCCGGAUGCUUUGGAGGAGUUUGAUCAGCUGUGGCAGGACGUUGCCCGGCAGCGGGUGGCCGUGGUGUGCUUUCGGGAAGGAUCCGAUGAGAUUGUUGGCUUGAACAUGCUGACGGUGGUUUCGAAGGCCGAUUCCAAGGAUUUGAAGUUCAAAAGCUCUGCCCUUCAAACGGUGUGUGAUUCGUACAUCGGUUUGCUGAAACAGGCCAACAUCUUCGAGAAGUAUGGCAUCGAAAACUACCUGUCGGCGUGGGGUCUUUCCGUAUCGCCGAAGUAUCGUGGUCGGGGUGUUGGAACGGAACUUCUCCGGGCGAGAAUUCCGAUGUGUAGAGCCAUGGGACUUACGGUGACGGUGACGCUGUUCUCCAAUCCUGGGUCGCAAAUUCCCGCCGCUAAAGUUGGAUUCUACGAUGAGAUUGUGGUGACCUAUAAGGAGCUGGAGGAGCAAGGCUACCAUUUUCCGGGAGUGCCGUACGAGUUGAACAAACUUAUGACCAUGGUUGUUGAGUAGGUUGGAAGAGAAUGUGAUUGUGAUGCUGGUGCGUUAAAUUUUUAAAACAAAUCGCAUAGAAAUUAGGUUUAAAUUAGAUAAUCAAAAAUACCGAAAUCUUGUUAUUAACAUGUUAAGUACGCAUUGUACUCUCGUGCUGUACACACACAAGUUCUUUCUGCUGACGAUUUUUUUC